UUCUCACACCCUUCUGGGCAAAAACCAAAACCAAAACACAAACGCAAACAAGCCAAAGCCAUUCUCUCACAAAAAUCUCAUCUCUCUCACACUCUCUCUCUCUCUCUGUCAAUCUCUUCAUCUCUCUACCACCGUCACUCUCUCCCCCUCUCAAUUCUCUCUCCGCCGCUGAAUCUCCGUUCAAGAUCCCCGCGGCGCCUCCGCGGGAUUUUUCUAGGGUUUUCCGAUCGUUCCUUCCCCUUUUCCACUGCGUCGUCGUUUUCCGAUUCCGGCCACCCUGUAGCACCGACGACGAACCGGUGGUCAUGCCUCCCGCGCGCCGACGCGGAGCGAACAAGGCCAAGGCGAACGGGCACUUGAGUUUGGGCGAUCUCGUGCUCGCGAAGGUUAAGGGCUUCCCCGCUUGGCCUGCCAAGAUAAGCAGACCUGAAGAUUGGGAUAAAGCCCCUGAUCCCAAGAAAUAUUUUGUUCAAUUCUUUGGCACCGAAGAAAUAGCUUUCGUUACACCUGCAGACAUUCAGACAUUCACCAGUGAGUCAAAAAAUAAGUUAUCUGCUCGUCUUCAAGGCAAAACUGUCCAGAAACACUUUGUUCAAGCUGUGAAGGAAAUCUGUGCAGCUUUUGAUGAGAAUCAGAAACUGAAAGCUAGUGGUUUGGCAGAUGACACCGAUGAUUCUCGUCUUGGUUCAGAGGCUCCUUCUGUUGAUGGUGUAGUGGGUAACCUAAAGGAUGCCGCUGAUGCUGUGGUAUCAAAUGCAGAAAAAGAUGACAUCUGCAUGGACAAUGUUGACCCUAAUUUGGAGCACUGUACACAAAGAAUAGAAGAAAGUGGUAACCAAGAUGAAAAACUCUCUGAAUCUGGCCAUCCAAAUGAUAGUUCUGGUUCGUUGCCUGUGAUCAAAAGUAAAUUACCCAAUGGUUCAGAGAUAAUGAAUAAGUCUAGCAAGUCCAGUGUUAAAGGUUCAAGUAGUGUUGAUGAUAAUGGACAUGGUGCUCUAAAAAAUGGAAGCAAGACAAGAAAGGUUGUUACUGGCUCAAAGAAACAAAGUGAGGCUGCAGAUGAUAUAAAUAAAAAUGGUGGAUCAUCUACUGGAAAAAAAUUGAAGGAGGGAAAUUCUACUGGUGGUGCUGAUCGUUCCAGGUCUGGAGUGACAUUGAAAGAUGGGAAAAAAAGGAAAAUUGCACCAUCUGUUAAAUCAGAUGCUCCAGAAACUCUUAAAUCAGGUUCUAAUGGUAAUGCUGGAGAAAAAAGUAAGAACUUGAUACCUAUUAAAACAAGUCCUAAGGUAAAAAAGGACUUACAGGAGUCGGAGGAAACUGAUGGAAAAAGCUCUAGCAUGGGAAAGAAGGUCCAAUUGCUUGCAAAGCAUAAUGUGAGAGCAAAUGAAUCCUUACAUGCUACCAAGAGGUUGAAGCGUGCAGAUGCCAAAGAUGAUUCAACUUUAGGAUACUUACCGAAGGAUGUGAAAAGUGCUCCGCCUGGUUCUAUUGCUGUUGAAGGCAAAGCAUUUAAAAAAAUGGAGUUAAAAAGGUCCACAUCAAAUUUAAAAACAGAAAAAAGCGUGCCAUCAAGGGCUCAAGUUGGUGUUGUCGGGUCUGAUGAUUCUGUCCAUGAGGUGCUACCUGAGACCAACCAUCAUAGCAAAGUUCAGCAAGCUAUGCCUGAUUCUGAUUGCAUUGCUUCAGAUGAAAAGAAAGACCAGAGUGCUCUUAGACUAAAAGGUGAUAAGAAUAAUGUUAAACAAGUACAGAAGAAACGUAGAGUUGUUUGCGUUUAUGAUGAUGAGGACGAUGAUGAACCUAAAACUCCUGUUCAUGGAGGACCUGCAAAAACUAUGAAGUCACCUAUUGUUUCAGAGGUCAAGAAGAGCAAUGAUGCACACUUAGAGAGGUCUGAUGAUACUCAGCUGGCCCCCAGAAAAUCUAGUGAACCAGAGAAUAUCCGUUUGAAAGAACCAUCUUCUCAAUUACGUAAUGACUCUUCGUCGAUUAAGCAGCCUAAGAAAGACAAAGGUGAUGAAGUCAUUCCUGUGCACGCUCCUUGUGGUCAUGAUAAAUUAGAUCCGAAGCAGACUGUCUCUAAGAUGGCAAAAUUAAGCUCUGCCUCUCCAGUAAAAUCACCUCAGUCACUUCCUGCAAUGAAGCCCAAUUUGGACCGGAAUAAAUCUUCCAAACCUUUGCUUAAAGGCUCCAGCAAUGCUACUCAAAAGAAGGUUGAUCAUGCAUCUUCAAAGUCUUCACACAACCUGAGCUCUUCUCAGAAUCAAGUCGCAACGCAUAAAAAGAAGCUUGCAUCUUCAUCAGAAACUUCUAAAACCACUCCCAAGACAUUACCACAAGCAGUUGAAGUUCCUCCUUCAACGCUUGGUUUUAAGGAACCUGAUGCUCUUCAUGUUGAUAGAUUGGAGGUGAGUAUGGAGGAAAAGAGUAUUAUGUAUGCCGGUUCUGGGACUCCGGAAUCUGCAAGAACUAUGAGGCAUCUUAUUGCGGUUGCCCAGGCAAAAAGGAAACAAGCUCAUUCCCAAUAUCUUACUUUAGGCAUUCACAAUUUUCAAGGGGGAACUCCUAGUCCCUCCAGUGUUCAGCCUAUUCUUUCAAUUUCAAAUAGUUUUGUACAGACAGAUGUGCAGGGUGUUUACGAGCACACUGCAUUGGCUUCUCCACCAACUAAUGAGCAUCACUCUGCCUCUCGGAAUCUACUUGAUGCUGAUGAAAUUGAGGAGAGAAGAGUUGGUUCGGCGCAACGGGGUGUAGGAGGCUCGUUGAGUGGUGGUACAGAAGCUGCUGUUGCUCGUGAUGCUUUCGAAGGAAUGAUUGAGACUUUGUCAAGGACCAAGGAAAGUAUUGGGCGUGCAACUCGUCUUGCAAUUGAUUGUGCCAAGUAUGGCAUUGCCAAUGAGGUUGUUGAGGUUCUCAUCCGAAAGCUGGAAAAUGAAACAAGUUUUCAUCGCAAAGUGGAUUUGUUUUUUCUUGUUGAUUCUAUCACGCAGUGCUCACAUAGUCAUAAAGGCAUUGCUGGAGCCUCCUACAUCCCUACAGUUCAAGCUGCAUUGCCACGUCUACUUGGUGCUGCUGCUCCCCCUGGAGCUAGUGCCCGUGAAAAUCGCCGUCAAUGUCUCAAGGUUUUGAGGCUGUGGCUAGAGAGGAAAAUAUUUCCUGAAUCAGUUAUUCGCCGAUACAUGGAUGAUAUUGGAGUUUCAAAUGAUGAUAUGACAGUUAGCCUUUCUCUUAGGCGGCCUUCUCGAGCAGAGCGAUCUGUUGAUGACCCUAUAAGAGAAAUGGAAGGCAUGCUUGUCGAUGAAUAUGGAAGUAAUGCUACAUUUCAGCUACCUGGCUUUUUAUCUUCUCACGCGUUUGAAGAUGAAGAUGAAGAUGAUUUACAAAUCAAUUCGUGUAAGGAUACACAAGAUGCAUCUCCUGCAGAUCCCACACUUACGCUUGGAGAAUCAGAAACUUCUACUGUUACCCCAAAUGAUAAGCGCCACUGUAUCUUGGAGGACGUGGAUGGUGAGCUAGAAAUGGAAGAUGUUUCAGGUCACCCAAAGGAUGAGAAGCCAGUAUUUUUGAACAGUUUUGAUGAGAUAGACGUGCAAGUUCAGCGGACAGAUAGGAAUUUAGAUCCAACUUCAAACAAUUUGGAAGAGAUAUUAGCUACUCCGGAGGGAUCUCCUCCAUUGCCACUUGAUUCACCUCCUCCUCCCCCACCUUUACCUUCUUCACCUCCGCCACCACCACCUCCAUUAUCUCCAUCUCCAUCUCCUCCCCCACCCCCACCACCUCCAAUAUUGCAGCCACCACCCCCUCCUCGACCACCUGCAGCCCCCCCAGUGCCAUUAAUUCCUCAAUCAUCUGGUUGCGCUCGGCCUACACUUCUUUCCCAGUCAUUAAUACCACCUCAGUCAUCACAUCAGUCAUCCCCACAGUUAGGGUAUCAGCAGAAUGUACCUCAUGACUUUAAUGGCACAACAAGUUCCUCUAUGCAGGGUAAUCAAAUAGUUCAAAUGGCUGGAAGUUCUUUUUCUGGAGGCCACAACAAUGCGGUUGUUAAGAAUGAAAUAUUUCCACAGCCAUCUGCUUUUGCCCCAACUCCAGGCUGCAACUCCCAGGAACCUUCUGGUUUUAAUCCCUCAAGGCAAUUAGAAUACGGACAGAAUGAUGUGUAUUUAAAUGCUCAGGUUCCUCAGCCUAACCAUCAAUUUCAGCCGGGCAACCCGCCAUUUUCUCAAAGACACGCACAUCCUGCUCCACCUCAAAAUACAUCAAAUCAGUACGCUUAUCCAAAUCAUACAGUUCAGCAACAUCUUCCACAUUCAUUCCAUCCUGCCUUCCCUAUACAAUCCCUUCAAGAUGGCCGGAGGCAAUUUGUUGCUGAGGAGCAAUGGAGAAUGCCAUCAAAUGAAUUCAAAACAAACAAUCAACAUGGUGUAUGGAUAGGGAGAAAUCCUUCAUGCCCCGGUCCCCCCUUUGUGCAAGAAGGUAAUUUCCGACCACAACUUGAAAGACCACCAGUAAGCAAUGUCGGUUUUCAGCGACCAAUUUCAGGCAACCUACCUAGCGCUCCAAUAUCAGGACACGGUGUUCCACAGAUGUUGCCUUGUAGACCUGAUAUUCCUACUGUUAACUGUUGGAGACCGACUUGAGGUUACAAUAGUGUUGUUGCUGGUGGGUCAACAUGCAAGGUUAUAUACGGUGCCUCAGUGUUAGAUUCACCUGUGAAGCACAUACAACUUACCUGGAAAGAAAUUUUUUGAGAAUUGUGGAGGCUUUUGGCAGGAUUGUGUAUAUUGUAAUUUUCCUGACAAUGUAUCCAAGGAACAUUUGCUUCCAAGUUUAGGCCCAUGUUUCUGACUUG